CCCCACCAAUGGAAUCGCCGCCGGGGCGGGAGGACGGUCCGUCGGACGUGCUGGCAACAGGUUCUUCUGGUAGUGGGGGUAAUUUUUCCCAAUGCCCUCGGCCGGUGGAAUAACAUCUCCCCAUCUUAGCGCUGCGUGGACUUGCUGUUGAUUUUAUACAUGCCGAGGAAUUGGCAGAGGAAGAGCCCGAGAACUGAACCAUCACUGCAGAAAUAGGAAGCGACAAUGGGAACUCCUUCCACUGACCGGAAGGCGCAGUUGGAUUACGGCGUUCAGAUCCGCUUCAUCAAAGACCUCCAUGACACAGGCGGGGUCCCACUCGAAAAAUCCAGAGCAAACAGCAACGCCACGCCUCCUUCCAACAAAUACGGAGUGGCUGUGAGGGUCCAGGGGAUCUCUGGGCAGCCGUAUGUCGUUCUGAAAGAUGGGGAGAAAGGUGACUCUUAUGGAGUCCAGCUGUCUAAUCCCAAUCCCACUUCCGGGCCAACAUCUCCGUACAACAGCAUCCCAAACCAUAGCAAAGAACCGGCAGAUUUCCCCAACUCCUCCAGUCCUGUUGUAAACUCUUCCCGCUCCCCGGUGUCACCGGCAGAGGAUGAGGAUGGGGAGAUAUUUGGGAGCCCCCUGAGGAGACCUCCAGGGGACGGCCAGGCUGGGACUCAAGGGGAGGAGGAGGGAAGAGCUGGCAGGGAGCGUCGGAUGGAGAGGCCAAAAUCUGAACCCCAACUCAAAGCUACACCCAGCGAAACGGAGAAGAAAAUUAACGGGACUGAUAACGAGGAGUACAACGAAGCAGGACUGAAGCCUGUUAAGCUAAAAUCUGCGGGACCCAAAGGGUUCAACCGAACUGCUGCUGGAUUUACCGGUUCUGUGGGGAGAAAACCCGGCUCAGAUUCACCCCCAAAGCCAACCCCAGAGCCUCCACCGCCGACUGAGAGCGAGCCCGCCGCAGCCAUCGACACCAACUCCCUGGCGCCCAUCAACAAACUCAUCAACAAGUUCAACAGCAGCACGCCGGGCGGCACCCUGCAGGCGAGGGGCCGCACCGGAGCCAGGCAGCGGCUCCAGUUCGACGAGCGCAAGAGGUCCAGAAGUCUCGACGCCCGGAAAGAUGCACAGCCAGAGGCCAUCCCUGCCUCUCCUUCAUCUCCCGCUCUGAACCCUCAUGCUGCACCAAUAUCUGCCGCUUCUAGUCCAGUGAUGUCAUCUGCUCCAGCAACCGCUGUCAAGGCGACGGCGCCCAGCGCCCCCAAGGCGAGCUUCAAGCCACCAGAGAAGUUUGCUGCUAAAGAUAGUCCUCCAACUAUUGCAAAAAAACCUGAGACGCUUUCAAGAAGUCUGAGUCAAAACACAGAGGUUGCUAGAAGAGAAGAGGCUCAAGUCAAACAGUCUAUUUACAACAUCUUCAAAGACGGCAGCUCCAGUGAGACCGAAGCUUCGUUUAAAAGGAAAUCCAGCCUCGUCUUCGAGACUCCAGACAGAUUGCAGAAGGAAGGAGCCGACGGAAGCAUCAGAAAGGAGAAACUCGAGGAUCUUCACAAGCAACUCGAACGUUACAAGAAGGAACUGGAGCAGGCGCAAGAUGAACUUGCUGCAGAGCGAAUGGCCAGAGAGGUGACAGAGUCUCGUCUGCGCCUUCAGGAAGAUCAGCUGGCUCAUCUUCAGGAAGAGCUGAGGCGGGUUUCGGAGAAUCUGCCCGAGUCGGACUCAUUCCAGUCGGAUGUGACGAACCUGCAGGCCCAGUUGGCCGAAGCCACCAUGUUGUACCAGCGGCAGGAGGAGGUGCUCCACCAGCGAGAGCGAGAACUGACGGCGCUGAAGGGGGCGCUGAAGGAGGAGGUGGAGUGCCAUGACAAAGAGAUGGAGGCUCUGAGGGAGCAGUUCAGCCAGGACGUGAAGAACCUCCGAAAAAACAUGGAGGACUUCACACAGUCGCAGGAGCAGAUCGAGGAGGAGCGGGAGAAGGUGAAUGCCUCCCUGUUGACACUGGAGGAGGAGCUGGAGAGCAGCAGGGAGCAGGGGGAGCAGUGGAGGACGGAGCUGGAGGCCGCCACGCAGAAACUGCAAAGCACCAGAGAGGAACUAAAAAAGUCUCGUUUGGAAAAGGAAAAGGUUGAGGGCUCCCUGAAGGAUCUUCAGAACAAAAAGCCUCCGUCUGACGAUGCAAACGCUUUAAAAGAGGAGCUCCAGCGUUGCCAUGACGACCUGAAGCGUACCCGCACCGAUCUGGAGAGACAAAAGGGCGAGACGGAGGAGAAAGCCAGGGCACUCGAAGCCCUGAAGAAGGCGAGCGGAGAGACGGAGGCCGAGCUUCUGUCGGAGAUUAGCAAGCUGAAGGAGCAAUUUCUGGAAGACAAGGCCGAGCUGGAAAAGGCCCUCGAGACGGGGAAGGAGUCAUCUAUUGCAUCAGCAGGAAAGUCUGUGGUGGACGGCGGCACCAGUCAGGAGCUGCAGCAGGAAAACACUCGCCUCAAAGACAGGCUGGCCCGCAUGCAAUCAAGGCUUCAGUCCAGUGUGCCGCGCAGCUCGGAUGCUGAGGAGGAGCUGGAAGCCCUGGAAGACGAGAACCGCUCCCUGAAGUCUCAGCUGGAGGAGGCCAAGAGAGUCGCCACCCGGCUGAGCAAAGAGCGGGACGACCUCACCCGGCGGCUGGAGGAACGAGAUCUGGAGAGGGAGGCGCUACGACGGGGCAAAAGCGACCUGGAGGAGCAGAAACGGCUGCUGGACCGAUCUCUUGAGAAGAUUAACAAGGAGAUGGAGUUGAUGAUGGGAGAUUCUCGUCAGUCAGUGGCCACUCUGCAGAUGCAGCUGGAUGAAUUCAGGGAGCGAUCGAGGAAAGACCUGCUGGAGGCGCAGCGAAACAGCAAAGACCGGCUGGCUGAGCUUCAAAGGGCUCAGAAUAACCUGAAGGCCCAGCAGGAAGAGGUUUCUCGUCUUAAGAAGGAGCUGCUGACCUGCAGCGAGGAGAGAGACAGUGCUCAGCUGGAGAGGGAUCUCCUGAACAACCGACUGAAACACUUGGAGAAUGAGCUGGAAUCCGAGAGGAGCUCCCACUCGGACCGAGGCCGGGAGAUCCGGGGCCUGGAGGAUAAAAUCAAGACGCUGGAAAUCGAGCUGGAUGAGGAGAAGAGUGGUGUGGAGCUGCUGAACGAUCGCAUAGCCAGGAGCAGAGAUCAGGUGGACCAGCUUCGCUCGGAGCUGAUGCAGGAGCGCUCAGAGAGACAUGACCUGGAGAUGAACAAGAGCGCCCUGGAAAGACAGGUAAAGGAGCUCAAGUCCCGCCUGGCUGACAUGGAGGGACAGAGCCGACCCACAGCUGGAAUCACGCUGCUGGAGAACAAGAUCCAGGAGCUGGAGGAGAGACUCCGCAGUGAAGAACGGGAGAAGACGAGCAUCCAGGCAUCCCAGAGACGAGCAGAGAGAAAACUGAAGGAGCUGAACGCCACAUUGGACCAGGAGAGAAGCCAGCAUAUUGAGCAGAGGGAUCAGCUGACCCUCCGUGUUAAGGCCCUGAAGCGUCAGCUGGAUGAGAGCGAGGGAGAGGUGGAGCGCUUGGAGGGAGUCCGCCGUAAAGUCCUCAGAGACCUGGAGGAGCAGCAGGAGCUCCAGGAGGCUCUCCAGGCCAAAGUCGCAGCGCUGGACAACGAUCUGAAGCGAAAGUCGCAGCAGACUCAUCGCACGGCUCUGACAUCAUCCGCGUUGAGCUCUGAUGAGGAGGACGGCCCUCCAUCUUGAGACGACCACAAAUAAAAAAAUUUAAGAAAAGGACGAGAGAUUAAAGAAAUCUCACCUGUGAAAAACUCUCAUUUAUCUGAUUUUCAUUAUUUUAACACUCUGCUGUGAUUAUGAUUCCUUCAGAAAUGUCGUCUUUUAUCUGUCUUGGUUUUAAAAGAGUAACACCAUGUUUUAAAAACGUUUGACUGUCCUGUGUGUUUGUUAUAAUUACAGUGGCAGCACAUUACUGCAACAUCUACAAUGUAUUCGGGUCAGUUUUACUUCUCAACCAAAAAAUACCCGUAUGUUUUAUGUAUGAAUGUUUCCUUGCAUGAUAACAUGCUUCCUGCAUGUCUUUGUGUUUAAAAUGAACUUCUUUUUUAUUUUAUUUUAUUUUUUACGGUUUUAACUGUGACAGCUUGGGGCCAAUAUUCUGAGCCUGUAUUUUUACACUGUGUUACCUGUUCCUAAAGACAAUCAGUAGCAAAUAAAUGUCUGCAUGUAUCAGUUUUUAUAACUUUCAACCACAAAAUUAAAUAUUUAAAAACUUAACACACACUCA